AUUGUCAUCAGUUGCUUCUUGGAGCAAUACGACCAUAACACCUCUGAACAUCGACUACCAAACAUGGCUAAUAAAUUUGCAGCUGCAUUGAUUCUCUUGUCCUUUAUGGCCGUUGUUAUGGCUAAUGGAUACGGUGGAAACAAGGGCCCCUCUUACGACAAGGGACAAAAGGGCUCGUACAACGAUAAAGGAUACAAUGCCCAGCCUUCAUCUUACGGUACGGGAUAUGGCAGUAAAGGUCCAGCUUACGACAACACGCCAAAGUACGAGCCUUCACCUUACAGUAGCAGCCCGAAAUACGAGCCUUCGUAUCAUAGUAGCAGCCCAAAAUACGAGCCUAUGUCUUACAGCAGCAGCCCAAAAUACGAUCAUAUGUCUUACAGCAGCAGCCCAAAAUACGAUCAUAUGCCUUACAGCAGCAGCCCAAAAUACGAUCAUAUGUCUUACAGCAGCAGCCCAAAAUACGAUCAUAUGCCUUACAGCAGCAGCCCAAAAUACGAGCAUAUGCCUUACAGCAGCAGCCCAAAAUACGAGCCUUCGUCUUACAGCAGCAGCCCAAAAUACGAGCCUAUGUCUUACGAAAAGGGAUACAAAGGUAUGCCAUCUUACAAGGGUAAAGAAAACAGCGGACCCACGUACGAAUCCGAGUCUUACGAUAAAGGAUACAGUGGCACCCCAUCAUACAAAGGUGAAGGAUACAGCACUGGCAUGCCUUCCCCUUACGAUAACGGUCCCAAAUACGGACCUGUGCCUUACGGUAAAGGAUACAACGCCCAACCGUCGUCCAAUGCUGGUGGACAAUACCCACCUUACGGGAUGAAGGCAAACGAUUACGGAGCUAACUAUCAGCCCAAGGCGUACCCCCCACCGUACGGCGAUACGUACCAGAAGCCGAAAUCUUACAGAGAUUACCCACCUUAUUAAACUGUGAAGCUUAUUCUGCUUAUGCCUUGAACACGUCCAUUUCUUAUGUCAAUCGCACUCUUGCUUUUACCCAUUUUUAAGCACAUUUAUUGAAAGGUGUUUUUUUUUAUAAUAUGAUUGGUUUUAGUUGUUGGUUAAUAAAAUUUGAUCUAAAUGGUA